UAAAUGGCAUCGUAAGAAACCGGAAAUUAGUGCGCUCUGAAAAGAAAUCCCCUGGACCAGCAGCAGCUUUCAAUCUGCAGGGAGUGAAAUCCAACAGGAGAGGAAUCCUAUCUGCCUUCGUGUUAUUGAGGGUGAAGCUGCAGCGGGAGAGUGUGCCCUGGAACAUUGCGAGAGAGAGAGAGAGACCAAGGCUGCUCUAAGCAGCGAAUCAGCAACAUCCCGACAGCAUGCAGGAUCCAAAUGCAGACACUGAAUGGAAUGACAUUUUACGGAAAAAGGGCAUCCUCCCUCCCAAAGAGGAUCCAACUGAGGCAGCGGAGGAGGUGCUCAUUCAGCACCAGAAACCAGUUGUUAAAACAUAUGAAGACAUGACCCUUGAGGAGCUAGAGGAGAAUGAGGAUGAAUUCAAUGAAGAAGAUGAAAGAGCCAUUGAGAUGUACAGACAGCAGCGGCUAGCCGAAUGGAAGGCAACCCAGAUGAAGAUGAUAUUUGGGGAGAUUUUGGAGAUCUCUGGGCCAGACUAUGUGCAGGAGGUGACUAAAGCUGGCAAGGAUGUGUGGGUAAUACUGCACCUUUACAAACAGGGGAUACCUCUUUGUGCCUUGGUAAAUCAACAUCUGAGUGAACUAGCAAGGAUGUUCCCAGAGACUAAAUUUAUUAAAGCAAUAUCCACAACCUGUAUACCCAACUACCCUGACAGGAAUCUGCCAACAAUAUUUGUUUAUCAUGAUGGAGACAUCAAGGCACAGUAUGUUGGACCCUUAGUAUUUGGAGGCAUGAAUUUAACAAAAGAUGAACUGGAAUGGAAACUGUCAGAUUCUGGUGCAAUCAAAACUGAACUAGAGGAAAACCCAAGAAGACAAAUUGAAGAUAAAUUGAUGUCAUCUAUCAGGACAAGUGCUCCAUUAAACAGCAACAGUGAUUCUGAAGAAGAUUAGUUAUUAAAAUGCAAUGGGGCUACCAUCGUGGCAUUACACCUUUCGGGUAAACAAGAGGAUGAUGAACUAGAGCAAUCAUUGCUGAUUUGUAAUGAAUUGAUCCCUGCAGAAGGCCUAUUUUUGUGGAAAAUGGACAAUUAUAAUGUUGCUACGUACCCUGCCUUCCCCUGCCCCAUUUCAUCAAUUGGUAGGAAUCAUUGCCAGUGGUUACUGUUGAGGCUCAUACUUCAAUAUUACAUAUUUGGCCAAGUACUGGAGAGUUCCUGUGGAACUUUACUCGGCAUGAAAUCAGCGCCUAUUGAAAAGGUAGCAUAGAAAUACUGGAAAUGUAACAGGAAAAACUAUUACACCAGAACAAGAUUAGGUUUAUAAUGAUCUGACCAUGGUCAUAUACAUUAAAAUUAACUGACUUUUUUUUUUGUCUAUGUGAACCUACAAUCACCUGGAGUGCUGCCAGCAUCUGUUGAAUCCAAUCCAUACAGAUUGUGCAGGAAGUUGGUGAUGUGAGGAGGGGAAGGUUCUUGCUCAUGUUUGACUAAAUGAGUGAGCUUUGUCAGUCUUGUUCUUGCAUCUUAAAGAGAAAAAUUGCUCUUCAAGUUAGGAAUUUGUGCCUUUUUGUACAGCUGUAACAUGGCUUUGGAUAGAUUGCCCAGGAAGAGUCUGAUCAAGUACUAAACCAGUUUACAGACUUCUUCAUAGAUUUCUUCUUCAUGAAAUUAAGCAUAUUUCAUUCACUCCCUAUUAAGUGUACACUAUUAAUACCUAUUGCUAAUUAGUUGAAUAGGUAACUCAUAGAAAAAUCUUUGGCUUAGAUGCUGAGAAAUUUUACAUGAAGUGUAAGUACAAGAAAUUUGACUCACCAAGGAAUGGGAAGGUACUUUUACUUAACAAAAAAAUCAGAACUUAAUGUGCACAAUUAUUUGUAGCUCCUUUAUCAACAAAAGCAAACAAAAAUGCUCAACUUUUCUGAACAGGGUAUGUAUGAUGAUAUGAAACCCGCAGUAAGAUUGGCUUAAGUCUUUAAAUAUAACACUUGAUGACCAGGGAAAUUUCCAACUUGCUCACUGAACACAUUUUAACAAAGAUUUUCAGUUUGCAAACAUCAUUGAAACAAAUUCGAAUACUGCUGGAAUAGAAUUACUCAGAUUUUGAAAGUAGCUUCUUUACUGCACAAUAAAUGUUUUUAAUACAGUUCCUAUUUGCCAUAUCUUCUAUUUUCUCUCAGCCUCACUUUCCUGCCUUGUUGUACCUUUUGCUUUUUCCCAUUUAUGUUGAAAAUAGCUCACUUUAAUUUUGUAGCUUUUUAAAAAAAUGAUCAUCCUUGGUAUGGCUCCUUCUGGUGAUGACUCCCACAUAAUAUAAAAUGGACCUUGUAUUGAAAAUUAACUGGUAUCCCAGUCAAUAGGGUUUUAUGCCUGAAUUUUUCUUUUGUUGAAAACAAGUCAAUUUUUAAUAUCUUUUUCAAAUGCCAUCCAAAAGAAUGAUUAGUUAAUGGUUUAAUUUGGCUGUGUGUGGAGUUAAUGCUAUUGUGUAAACAUUUGUUUUCCAUUAAGGACACAAAAGCACUGACAUAUGGCAUAAUAGUACCAGGAAGUACAGUCUCUAAUGAAAAUGUUAUAUUCCACACAUCCAAAUGAAAUCAAUAUAUAAAAACCUGGGUGUGCUUCAUGUAGUAAUCUGAUUCAGAGGACAGGCACCAAUUACAUAAAGGCUGCUUAUUGUGAGUAAGAACUCCAUUUUGUCUUAUCAGGGCUAUUGCAUUGCUGUGCAUUAUCAAAAUGUUCCUCUAAAUUAUGUAUAUUCAUUUGUUGUUUUCUGUACACGAUCCUGUAAAAUCAUGUAAGCAAGAUGUUGUUCAUGUUUUGUAAAGGUAUUCUCAUAAUUAAAUCAUUUCAGGUGUAAACCUCA